AUGAGUGCAGCAAAUGAAAAAGCCUUAUCCAGAAUGCAUGCCUAUGUUAAUCGAGUUGAUGGUGACCCCAAAAUGCUCAAGUGGGCAAAGAAGAAAAAUGGCAUGAGACGAAAGGAGUCCAAUAGGUUGAAGAUUGAAGUGCAAGGAAAGUGGUGUGAUGCUGCGUCUUCCAGCCCAGAUUGGUGGCCUACUGCUGCUGCUUCAUGCUCUUGUGGGGUUUUUGACCAUUUCUACUUUUGA